AUGCGGUGUUCGACAACAACAUGUCUGCGUCGAAUUCGCUCAUCCCUGAACUCAUCAGAGGUCUACUUGUCAUCAGGUCGCAGUAAUCGAAAGCAUUUCUCUAUCCGCCGAUCCGAUCGAAAUACGUUGAAAUACACCCAAAGGGCCAAUAAGAAAAGGGAAUGUGGAUACCUUUUUUACUUCUGGGUGGCUGGUCACUUUUAGGCAUCGCUAAUGCCCAGACUGCAGGAUGUGACAUUUACCACGAGUUCAAGUCCGCCGGACAAAGUGCGACGCUUCAAUCUCCAGGAUAUCCAUCAUCUUAUCCUCCCAAUACGGAAUGUAGGUACACAAUCACCUCCCCCAUUGACACCCAGAUGACCAUUUCCUGCAACGAGUUCAACGUGGAGGCCUCCACCAAUUGUGUUUACGACGUUCUAUUUCUUUCGCCAUCAGGAGACUCGACCUUCAAAGACCAAGAAUUUUUCUGCGGUCAAGGAUCGUGGACAAGAACUUCAUCCGCUAACCGUUUUGCGAUUGGUUUUCACUCUGAUAGUUCAAACCCCACGUCAUCACAGCCCUACAGAUUCCAAUGUACUAUCACCGUGGUGGAGAAAGUCCAACCUAGUUGCAAUUGUGGGCAGAGCAAUAGUGGGAUGUCUCGCAUAGUGGGAGGAUCUAAUAGUGCCAUCGGUGAAUUUCCUUGGAGGGUUUCUCUCUACUCUGUGAAGUUGGGAGUCUUUUGCGGAGGGACAAUCAUUUCGAAUAACUUUGUCCUUACAGCCGCACAUUGUACCAAUUCAGUGGAACCUGGAGACACAAUUUAUGUAAAUGCUGGCGAUUACGACCUGAGCAGUUCGACGGAUACGCAGAACCAACUUAUUCCCGUGGACUAUGUGGUCCAAAAUACGAUGUACAACGACCAAACACAGGAUUCAGACAUAUCGCUUUUGCGACUUCAAACCCCACUUGUCUACAACUCUAAUGUGGGGCCAGUAUGUCUUCCUUGGAACUACAUCAACACGGAUUUCAAUGGCAAACUGGUGACGGCAUCCGGUUGGGGGACUCAGUAUUUUGGUGGUGGAAUAUCUCCAACCCUGAAAAAAGUUGAGAUCCCGGUCCUUGAAACACAGCCAUGCGCUGAUAAAUAUGCUGGGACCCACAUUACCAUAACAAACAAUAUGAUCUGCACCUAUUACCCUGGUAGAGACACUUGUCAAGGGGACUCUGGAGGCAGCAUUGACUACAAGAAUACCACUACAGGACGCUGGACUGCGAUAGGCGUAACUAGUCAAGGAAUCAGUUGUGGUCAAGCAGAUCAGCCAGGAGUGUACUCGAAGAUUGUUCGCUUUCUAACCUGGAUACAGGGAAAUACAGGGGAGUCCUUCUGUAAGGCUUAAGUCUCUGGUACUACACGUUUCUAGAAAUAGUAAACUCUUUUAUGACUGAACACACCAAAAUACAAAUUCAAAUAUGUAUCCGCUUCCAAUUUUCAUUUAUGUACAUAUUAUUGACCUACCAAUAGCAAAAUGCAUAAAUACGUAAAUUUUAUGUUCUAAAUUUUAUUCACCAGGUAAAACUGAAUGUUUCUACAAAUUAUAGUUAAAUAAAUAGAACGACAAUGCAAAAUUUUAAAGCUUGGAGUUCUAAAUGGACCGUAAAGUUUCUUGAAAAAUAAGUCCUCAAAUAGUCAAACGAACUUAACUAAAAUAAAUAAAUUAGAUUUCACAAAG